GAUGUGACCACACAGCGAAAGGGGUCCUGCCUCUCAAAUUCCUUGCUAAAGGAGAAAGCGCUAUUGAUGCACUGUACGGACCGCCUAUUGGCCUGGUCCAGCAAGUUUGCGACUGAUCGAAUCCUUCUAGACCAUAUAAUUGACAAUUGA